UAAAGAGACAAUCUGCGGUUACUAAAGGGUGUGUACCAUAUCAUUAUAACAAUAGAUUAAAUAAUGGGAUUCUUUUGGAAUCUGUUGCUUUGCUUGCAUCUUCUUUAUUUGGUGUCGAAUUCGGAGGACACAGCCGUGCUCACAGAUGCACAGCAAGUGCAGCAUCAGCAGCAGGAGAGGAACAUCGAUGUUGCAGCUUUGAUAUCCUUCAAGCAGUCAUCUAUUACGGCAGAUCCUGACGACUUCUUGAGGGACUGGAGUGCCACUUCAACAACUCCAUGCUCUUGGAAAGGCAUCACGUGCUCCCUUAAUGGGCAAGUUAUUGCCCUCAACCUUAGUGGUGCUGGUCUGGUCGGUUCCCUGCACCUCUCCCAUCUACUAGCUUUACCCUUUCUUCUUCAUCUCAACCUCCAAGGUAAUUCCUUCUCUGAGAUUGAUGAAGAUAUCUCCUCUCUGAACUCCACUACUGGACCCUGUAGCCUUCAAACUCUGGACUUAUCUUCCAACAACUUGUCGAAUCCUCUCAACAGAUCAUCCCUUUUGCUGUUGUCCUCCUGCAAUAAUCUAUCUUCUCUUAACCUCUCUCACAACUCAAUCCCUGGCAUCGUUUUCAACUUCGGUCCUUCUUUCCUGCGACUCGAUCUGUCUUACAAUUUGGUUUCUGAUUCUACCAUUUUGACCCAUACUCUCUCCGACUGUCAAAAUUUAAAUCUCCUCAAUCUCUCCCACAACAAGAUACGUGGUGAUCUUUGGGUCACUCCCCUUUCAUCCUGUAAGAACCUAUUCAUCCUGGAUUUGUCUUACAAUUUAUUGUAUGGGGAAAUACCUGCCUACCUGGUGGCCAACUUUUUGCUGUCCUUGAACUACUUGGAUCUCUCCCACAACAAUUUCUCCGGCAAUUUCUCUAGCCUUGAAUUCAGGGACUGCAGUAAGCUCAAGUUUCUAAACUUGUCUUACAAUGCUCUCUCUGGGGCUGAUUUCCCUAGAAAUUUGAGAAAUUGUGAACUUCUUGAGACACUUGACCUCUCACACAAUGACCUCCAGCACAAACUCCCAGGGGUCUUGUUGGGAAACCUAAAGAAUUUGCGCAGGCUAUCUCUUGCAUAUAACCAGUUUUCAGGGGAGAUCCCACCAGGGCUAGGGCAAACUUGUGGAACACUGGAGGAGCUUGACCUUUCAGCUAACAAACUUUCUGGUGGUCUCCCUUUAACGUUCACAUCGUGCUCCUCUUUGCAGAUCCUCAAACUUGGUCAUAAUAUGCUUUCUGGGAAUUUCCUUGAUAGAGUAAUUAGCACUUUACCAAGUUUAAGGCAUCUGUUCUUGCCCUUCAACAAUAUCACUGGUUCAGUUCCACUGUCAUUGACCAACUGUAGUCAACUUCGAGUGCUCGACCUGAGUUCAAAUGCAUUUACUGGGAAUAUUCCUCGCAUGUUUUGCACAUCCCCCUUGUCAACAGCAUCAUCCUCUUUGCUUGAAAAUAUACUUCUGCCAAACAAUUCUCUCUCAGACACAGUGCCUCAAGAGCUUGCUAAUUGUAAGAAUCUGAGGACAAUUGAUCUUAGCCUCAACAGACUUACUGGCUCACUUCCAUCAAAAAUUUGGACCCUCCCAAAUCUUUCCAACUUGCGUAUGUGGGGAAACAGUAUCACUGGUGAGAUUCCUGAGGGCAUUUGCACUAAUGGAGGAAAUCUAGAGACUUUGAUUCUGAACAACAAUCUCAUCUCUGGAAGCAUUCCACUUUCUCUUGGUAAUUGCACCAACUUAAGAUUGCUAUUUCUUUCCAGCAACCUGCUUACUGGCGAAAUCCCAUUCAGCAUUGGAAACCUCAUCAACCUUCAAAUUAUCCAAUUGAACGACAACAUGCUUAGUGGGCAGAUACCACCAGAACUAGGUAAGUGCCAAAGCCUCGCUUGGCUUGACUUAAGCUCUAACAAUCUCAGCGGUUCCAUCCCAUUUGAGCUUGCCGAAUUGCCCCACUUCACCACCCCUACACUCUUAUCCAAGGAGCAUCUUUUAGUUGUGCAAAGCUGGGGUGUGACUGCAUGCGAAGCUGCAGGAGUCUUUGAAACUGAGGGGAUUCGACCUGAGGCUUUAUCCAACCUUCCCAUUUUUCGUUCUUGCCAAUCAAUGAGAAUCUACUUCAACCCCAAUACUUAUUCAAUCGCAUUGAAACACAAUGGCAGCAUAGGCUACAUUGACCUUUCCUACAAUUCAUUGUCUGGAACCAUUCCAGAGAACUUUGGCUCAUUGAUAUGCUUGCAGUCUCUGAACUUGGGACACAACAGGUUAACCGGAAACAUUCCUGACAGUUUUGGGUAUCUGAAAGAAAUAUUAUUCCUGGACCUCUCUCAUAAUCUUCUUCAAGGAUCCAUCCCUAUGUCAUUAGAGACUCUUUCUUUUCUUGCCUCUUUUGACGUGUCGAACAACAAUUUUACAGGGCCUAUCCCUUCUGGCGGUCAGUUGAUUACUUUUGCACCAUCCAAUUAUGAGAACAAUUCUGGGCUUUGUGGACCUCCUCUGCCCCCUUGUGACUCUAGGUCCAGCUCUAGUUCGUGUCAUUUUCCAUUUGAGGUGAUGUGUGUUGAAUCAACGCAUCAGGAAGACGACAAUGAUGGAUCUGAGACCAGUGGCUUAUUUGACUGGAAAACAGUGAUGAUGGGUUAUGGAUGUGGAGUACUGAUGGGCAUAGUUGUGGGAAAUUGUAUAAUCUGGAAGAAAGAAGAAUGGGUUGUAAGGGCUUUUCGUUUUGAAUCCAUGAAAGUAAAAAGGUAGUGUGGGGAAGGGAGGUGAAAUUCAGAGACGGCUGCAUGCAACUUCUAAUUUCUAAGACAUUGGAGGUGGUAGUAUAUUGUGAGGGGUGAAAUUUUUCUGUUUAUAAGGUAAUUCAUCACCCUUGGUUUUGUGGGUUCACCAUUCACAUUGGUAUUAUGGACUUGCUGGUGCGACCAUCUAAAUUAAUGGUGACACAGUGUUUGAUAUUUAGCUGCUGACACAUGCAAGAGCUUCUUAAAGGAAAUGUUUAUGCUAUUUGAACAGUUGUGCAAGUAGGGCCGGCGGGUGGUGAUGACAUCCUUAGAGACCAUACAUGUUCUUUUGUUUUUGGUUUUUCAAAAUAUUUUGGUUAUUGUUCAAAUAAUAAAGCUGAAUUGAGAGUUGUGUUGGAAGGAAUAAAGACUUGCAAACAUUUGGAAUAUACUAGUAUUGAUAUUGAAUGU